AAGACAGAUAUUUUAAUGAGUGAAUGAAUGGAAGGGCAAGUCCCGUGGGCCGGAGGAUCCAAACAAACGGCACACGGAACGAAAAAGCUUCACGACUUUCACGAGACAAAACAACCCGAGCAAGAAAACAAAGCACGACCAGAACCGCAGAGGGGGGACACCCGGACUCAGAGAGAGAGAGAGGGGCAUUCGCCCGUUCGAAUUCUCUCGCCUCGGCCUCCUCCUCACCUGCCUGCUCGGCUGCUCGCCAGACCAACCACAGCCGUCGGCGCUGCAGACCGCGGCGGGCAGGAUCAGCGGUGCGUAGCCUGCCCAUUUCGCGAGGACCAUAUAAUUCCAAGACCCUGAUGAUGGCCACAACUGCUUAUAUCGAUGAUUCCUGUUCGGAGGUUAUUGAUCCCCCGAAGACUGAGGUGCUGGAUGUUGCUGAACUCCCUGGUGACCAUACUCAGAACCCACCAAAACCGAAUGUUGUGGUGUCUAGCAGUGUGCGUGAACUUCUGGAAUGUCCAGUCUGUUUGAGUGCCAUGUAUCCUCCUAUUCAUCAGUGCUCUAAUGGUCAUACAUUGUGUUCCGGAUGCAAACCAAGGGUUCAUAACCGUUGUCCAACUUGUAGGCAUGAACUGGGUAACAUAAGGUGUCUUGCUCUUGAGAAGGUGGCUGCAUCUCUUGAACUUCCAUGCAAGUACCAGUGCUUUGGGUGCCCAGGCAUUUAUCCUUACUACAGCAAGCUGAAGCAUGAGUCGCAGUGCCAAUAUAGACCUUAUAGUUGUCCAUAUGCUGGAUCUGAAUGCACAGUUGCUGGUGACAUCCCAUAUUUGGUGAAUCACUUGAAAGAUGACCACAAAGUUGACAUGCACAAUGGCUGUACCUUCAAUCAUCGCUAUGUAAAGCCAAACCCUCAUGAAGUUGAGAAUGCCACAUGGAUGCUUACGGUAUUCAGCUGCUUUGGCCAGUACUUCUGCCUACACUUCGAGGCCUUCCAGCUGGGCAUGUCACCCGUCUACAUCGCCUUCCUGAGGUUCAUGGGAGACGACGCGGAAGCGAAGAACUACAGCUACAGCCUGGAGGUAGGGGGCACGGGGCGCAAGAUGGUCUGGCAGGGGGUGCCGCGGAGCAUCAGGGACAGCCACCGGAAGGUCCGGGACAGCUACGACGGGCUCAUCAUCCAGAGGAACAUGGCCCUGUUCUUCUCGGGUGGCGACAGGAAGGAGCUCAAGCUGCGUGUCACCGGGCGGAUCUGGAAGGAACAAUGAGCUUGAUGGGUCAGCUAGUACGUCUGUCCCGCUCCGCUGCUGCCCUGAACUCAUGAAUCGCAUCGCAAAGAGCUUUUGCCAGUCGUAGGAAUGGGCGACUCUGUGGUUCGUUCUGUGUUUUCAGCUUCUUCUCGCUUGCUAUUGUCUUCAUGGUUCCUGCAGGGUAGGUAGGUGCUGUUGGAUGUGUAGAUCAUGUAGAGGUUGGAGGUUGCUACCGAUGCAGAAUUCGUGGAGAUUUCCUAUUUUAUUGAACUGUCUUUAGAGCAGCUUCAAGAGAUGAGCUAUUAGUGUUGUCGAGUAAAAAAUUUGGAUGCCCUUCCCGCGCGGAAGCAUCUUUA